AUGGAGGGAGGGAUGGACGAGAAGGCGCAUCUGGAGAAGCUCUCGUCGGCGGCGGCGUUCGUGGAGGGCGGCGUCCAGUCCGCCUGCGACGACGCCUGCAGCAUCUGCCUCGAGGCCUUCUCCGACAGCGACCCCUCCGCGGUGACCAGCUGCAAGCACGAGUUCCAUCUCCAGUGCAUCCUUGGAUGGUGCCAGAGAAGCUCCCAAUGCCCCAUGUGUUGGCAGGCAAUCAGCAUGAAGGACCCUAUGAGCCAAGAGCUCCUUGAGGCUGUUGAACAAGAGAGGAAUGUGCAAGAAAAUCGUGCACGCACAACAGCUGUAUUUUGUCAUCCACUGCUCGGAGAUUUUGAGGUACCGGUUGGUGCAGAUGAUGCUGAACUUGAAGAACGUAUUAUGCAACACUUGGCUGCUGCUGCUGCAAUUCGUAGGUCGCAUCACCAUGCUAGAAGAGAAGGUCGCCGCAACAGAUCGGCGGCACAUGGCCACCCACAAAUUCCAGUCGUUUCAGCUACCGACGCUACUUCUGGUGACUCUAUAUCUUCAAAUCCACGGCAAGAAGGGGAUAGUGAACAUUCUCCUGCUAUAAUUUCUGGUCUCCCAGUUGCUCCUGUGGCUGCUACAGAAGAAGCAGCCGUCAACACAUCUGUGCAUGACACUACUACUCUUGCUAAUGGUCCUGUUGGGUCAAAUAAUAGGGUUUCUGGCAAUCAGUCUUCACCUGACCAUCUGACUUCCAGUCAUUCUCGGACGCACUCAAAUCUCGCCUGCAAUCAGUUUCAACAAAGUACUCUUUGCUCCUUUAAACUUCAGAGACCUCUAGAAGUAAGGUAUAAGGAUUCUAUAACAAAGAAUACACGUGGGUGGAAGGAAAGAGGUAAAGAGGAGGUCAAUGCUGGAAUUGAUGCUGUAUCCCGCAUGAUGGAGAGGCUGGAAACGCGGGAUGGUACAGGACCAUCAUCUACUUCUCCAAACAAUAUUCAAUCUACUUCAGAUACAAACAAUCAGAGUGCUGUGCCCCCAAAAUUUGCCCCUGCCGUAUAUGAUGCCUCUUCUUCAGCAGCCUUUGUGUUAGGAUCUGGUUCUCAAUGA